GCCAAAGUCCGGACCGACGACAAACAAAUUACUACAACAUGCCAGUUAAAGCAGUCUGUGUGCUCAACGGCGAUGUCUCCGGGACGGUGUUCUUCGAUCAAAAGGAUGAGAAGUCACCAGUAGUGCUCUCGGGUGAAGUCAAGGGGCUCACCAAGGGCAAGCACGGUUUCCACGUGCACGAGUUCGGGGACAACACCAACGGCUGCACGUCCGCCGGCGCGCACUUCAACCCGGAUAAGCAGGAGCACGGCGCGCCGGACGCCGCCGUGCGACACGUCGGCGACCUCGGCAACAUCCACGCCACCGCCGACAAGGGACUCACUAGGGUGUGCAUCCAAGACUCUGCGAUCUCCCUGUUAGGCCGCAACAGCAUCAUCGGGCGCACGCUGGUGGUGCACGCGGACCCGGACGACCUGGGGCUCGGCGGGCACGAGCUCAGCAAGACCACCGGCAACGCCGGCGCGCGCAUCGCCUGCGGGGUCAUCGGCCUCGCCAAGUCCGACUAGGCGUAGCCUCAAAAUAUCUGUCGCG